CUGAUUGGUUUCUUUUCUUAAUUCAACAGGCAUGCCCAAAGAAAAAUACGAGCCCCCUGACCCUCGGAAGAUGUACACAAUUAUGUCCACUGAGGAAGCAGCAAAUGGAAAGAAAUCACAUUGGGCAGAACUUGAAAUAAGUGGAAGAGUAAGAAGCUUAAGCUCAUCUUUGUGGUCACUAACUCACCUGACAGCUUUGCAUCUGAGUGACAAUUUCCUGUCCCGUAUUCCUUCAGACAUUGCCAAGCUUCACAAUCUGGUGUAUCUGGACCUGUCCUCAAACAAAAUCCGGAGUUUACCAGCAGAACUCGGAAACAUGGUAUCACUCAGGGAACUCCAUUUAAAUAACAACCUGUUACGAGUUCUACCUUUUGAGAUGGGGAAACUGUUUCAGUUGCAGACUUUAGGCCUAAAAGGAAAUCCACUUACCCUGGAUAUAUUGAACCUCUAUCAGGAACCAGAUGGAACAAAAAGGCUACUUAACUACUUGCUUGAUAAUUUGGCAGUUUCAACAGAACAACCACCUCCAAGGUCUUGGAUUAUGUUACAAGAACCAGACAGAACAAGACCAACUGCCUUGUUUUCUGUCAUGUGCUAUAAUGUUCUUUGUGAUAAAUAUGCGACCCGGCAGUUGUAUGGCUACUGUCCAUCAUGGGCACUAAAUUGGGAUUACAGGAAAAAGGCCAUUAUUACAGAACAGUACUACAGUUUCUUUCUGGUAGAACUGAAAGGACGUGGCUAUAAUGGAUUCUUUAGCCCUAAAUCGAGAGCUCGGACAAUGUCAGAACAAGAAAGAAAGCAUGUUGAUGGCUGUGCGAUAUUCUUCAAGACAGAGAAAUUUACUUUGGUUCAGAAACACACUGUUGAAUUUAAUCAGCUAGCAAUGGCAAAUUCAGAAGGGUCUGAAGCUAUGCUGAACAGAGUUAUGACAAAAGAUAACAUUGGAGUUGCAGUACUACUAGAACUUCGAAAGGAAUUGAUUGAAAAGUCAUCUAAUACAGCAGGAAAGCCACAUCUUGGGACAGAAAAACAACUUAUUCUCGUGGCUAAUGCUCAUAUGCACUGGGACCCUGAGUACUCUGAUGUGAAGUUAGUUCAAACGAUGAUGUUUCUCUCAGAAGUGAAGAACAUUAUUGAUGAAGCCUCACGAAGCCUCCACUCGAGCGCAUUGGGAGAAUUGGGAAAUAUUCCACUGGUGUUGUGUGCAGAUCUUAAUUCUUUGCCAGACUCUGGUGUUGUAGAAUAUUUGAGCACUGGUGGAGUAGAAACAAAUCAUAAAGACUUUAAGGAACUGAGAUAUAAUGAAAGUCUUACGAACUUUAGCUGUAAUGGGAAAAAUGGGACAACCAAUGGAAGGAUCACUCAUGGUUUCAAGUUAAAGAGUGCCUAUGAGAGUGGCCUGAUGCCUUACACCAAUUACACGUUUGAUUUCAAGGGUAUAAUUGACUACAUCUUCUAUUCUAAGCCUCAGCUGAACACAUUAGGCAUUCUGGGACCUCUGGACCACCAUUGGCUAGUUGAGAAUAAUAUCAGCGGCUGCCCACACCCACUCAUCCCCUCCGACCACUUCUCACUUUUUGCACAACUGGAGCUCUUACUGCCUUUCCUGCCCCAAGUUAACGGCAUUCACCUUCCUGGCAGGAGGUAGUCAAGUACCUUCAGAAGACGACCUCAAUUUCACUUGUAAACUUAGAAGAAAAUCUGAAUAUCGGGGAGUGAGAUAUGGCCAUUAGGGAUUUUUUUUUUCUUAAUGAUGAUUUGAGUUUUCUAUCUGAUUAUUUGAUAAGGAUAUAGUGUGAAAGCCAGGUGCUAGCAACAGACAAAUUCUGAGCCCAAUAUGCUUUAUACACUGUUGGACAGGGAUUGGUGUGUUUGCACCUAUCUUUUCAUUUGUUACCAGUAAUUUUCCUGUUUCUUCUAUCCAAUAUAAUAUUUUCACGCCUUGAAAUAGGAAAAUGUUUGACAGCAUAUUCUCUUUGCACAGAAAUCAGUAGUACUACUUUUUUGAGGCCAGUAAUAACAUCCAGAGAACAUUCUUCCAUACUUGACUCCCUUCUUUUUCAGACAUAUUUGUAAAAUACAGAAUUUGAAUUUAGCCUUUAUGAUUGUAUAUGAUCCACAGAAGACCUGAUUUAUGAAAUUUUGUACUAAAAAAAUCAGAUUUGGAAAUGAUUGUAUUGUAAAUUAAGGCUGAGUUUUUGUUUUGUGUGUGUUUUUUACACCGGUUUCAUGUGUUAUAAAGGCCAGCUUGUAAAAGAAGCUGCAACAGACUUUCUCUGCAGAGGAGUUGCGCUGUUAGGGUUUUCUUGGCUAUUUUGUGCUACUUUGUUAUUAAAUGGAGAACCUUACUCUUUAAACCUAUUUAAUGCUUAGGACAUUUUUUCAUGAAUUCUGGGUUUUUACAAAAACUAUCUACCAGGACAGAUAAGCUGAGCAGUGGUGAUCUGUAGGCAUUUAUGGACUGAAUGUAAUGAUAUAUGUACAUUCUGAUAUUUUUAAAUCUUUAACUGUUUUUAAGUUAAAAAAUUACAGCUGCUUAGGUACAGCUUUUUAACUCCUUUUUGAGACGCCUCCUGUCUAUCUCCACUGUGCCUGCCUCAGUUGUUCUGACCAAACACUGCCCGUGCAUGCAGAGAAAAUCUGUGCAUCUUCUUUUAUGGUUUUAAAUACUGUUGAACAUUUGUGAGGGUUUUAUGGACAUGCUUUUGUAUGAGCUGUGACUUUUUCCCAUUGUAAAGCAUUGAAUAUCACAUUUUGGACAUAGGGUGAACCCCUGGGUCUUCGCUCACCAGACCCAAGCACUGCUUCUUGGUGUCAUUGCACAGUGCUGUCACCCAGGAUACUACUAUCAUGUGAAAUCUUUUUGUUUUCCAUGUAUUCCUUAGUCUCCAUGUUUUUCUUUUAAAAAAUCAUUCCUUUUUUUUUUUAAUAAUUUUCCGUUUAUGAAACAGUAUAAAUGAGAUGUAUUUUCAAAACUGGUCCUUAAGACAAUUCUUCAGAUCAUUUUUGAAGUGACUAAGCUAUUUUAAUAUGUCAACCAAGAUAAAAGUUAUAUUGUACCCUGUGUAUUUGCCCAUAGUGCCGUUAGUAGAUAAGAGAUUAAAGCUAGCUUUAAUUUUGCAAAGUUAACUCAUAUGUAUUCUGGUCUCAUUCAUUUAUUAUCAUCUCAAAACUAAAAUUAAUUCAGAGGGAACUUGGUCCAACUGCUUUUGUUUCAACUGCAGGCAAGGGAGGAAAAGAACACCAUGUGAGCAGUAGGGUGAAAAAUUGUUCAGUGAUAACAAUUUUUACACAGAGAAUGAGUCAUUUUGGAUGAUGGCUUAAAAUUUUAUGAAAAAAUGUUCAACAUAUAAAUGUGCUUAUUCUGUUUUUAAGAGAAAAUAAAAUUUACACACUGCUUAAAUAAAUUUUUUUUCUUUUAAAAAAAUUCUCCAAAAGCUGUUGGUUGAUCUUGAAUUUUUGUCUGGGACCUAGUUUCUUCUUUGAGGUUUUUUUAAAGAUUUUGUUGUGAUGGAUUUUUUUAUUUUUAUUUUUUGUUUAAGUUGUGCUGACACCAAACACAUUCAGUUUAUAAUCAAUACAUUGAAAAGUUGGUAUUAUUGAUUUAGAACCAAUGCAUAACUUUUUAUGGGGGUUUUGUUUUAUUUUUUUGUAAAGUGUGAAUAAAGGUGUGUUUACUCAUUUUUCCUAAACACUGUGUUGGUAAUGUGCAUCAUGACAAUUUCCAGAGAAGGUGAUCUGGAGCUGGUUGGACUGAUGAAACAAAGGAAACUUCUUUUCCUCUGACCUGCAUUAUGUAAUAACAGGUCCAGAGAGCUUUAUGGAAGGGGGAGGGGAGCGGCACUUACUCAUUUUGUAUUUGUUAAUGGAGGAUGUAUUCUUUUCAUAGAUGCUGGAACUAGAGUGCACUUGUUAGAAGCUAAAGGUUUGAGCUUUACAGAAAAUGUCUUCAUCUGUAUUUGUUAUUGUUAUAAUAUAUUUGAAUGGGGGGGGGCAGGAUAGUAUUAACAUUGUUGAUUCAAUGGCCUGUUAUGUCUUGAAAAUAUUUGUCCUUGCCUCUUCUAGGCAUACUGCAUUCUGUGGGGUCAGUUUGAACAGCUUCUCCACCUUAUUGAGAUAGUGAUGAAUUGAUCCAAGAGUGUAGAUUUACAGCUAUAACCUUCAAAAGAAAAAGAAAUAUCUUGAAUCUAUAGGAAAUCAACAGUCACACCAAAAUAGACUGUGAUACCUCUGUUAAGCAAGGUUCUGUGUUUUAAAUAUUUCUGUGUCCUGAGUAAUUUUCAGUCUAUACUCUCUAAAAUGCAAUAAAAACUAGUAUGUUUUCACAGUAUAGAUUUUUUUCCCCAGAAAUUCUGUAACAAAUACAUUUAAUGUGGUGUUGCCAUAAUGUAAUUUCGUUGUUCUUGCUGGAUAAAUUCAUGUUGUGAAUGUUUUACAGAAAACUUGGACUAUGUUUUCUGUUUUAAUGAUCAGAAAGUUGGAGGCAUUCAAUUCCUGUUGUAAAUCUCCUGAAGUACAGUUAACCAUAUUAGUGGUAAUUAUUUAUGCUUUGAGAAUUUAAAUUAUGUUCAUUAAAAUUAAUUUAUGGCAUAAUUUAAACUAAAGUUGUAGAUAUGAAAUGUUGAUUGCAACUUUAAUCACCCUAGAAGAUAGUCAGGGAACAUCUCCCAAGAAAUGUGUUUUUAUUUUUACCUGAUUUAAUGACAGCCAGGAAAGCUUAUUUGAGUUAGCACUUUGAAACCUAAGGACAUUAUUAAUAGGGUGGAAUGCACUUCUAAAUGUUAAAAUUAAAAUUUCAAAACUCUCCCAAUAUGCAGGUUUUCAAUAAUAAAUCCCAGUUUUAGUAUUCCACUUUUUACUAUUUGAUGUCAUAGGGUUUGUUUCCAUGGUGAUUUCUGAGGUUUUGGGGUCAUGACAGAAGAACAAAGCCAAUCUGGGCAAGAGAACGGCAGCCGCUUGUUCUUUAAUGAACCACCCUGAGGGCGCAGAGCAGACGCUGCGGAUCAUCAGAGAACACUCAGCAAGCGUCUCUCUCCCACUCAGAACAGGUUUUCAGGAAGUUCACUUUGCUCUGCUCUUUGGUUACAUACGUUUUAAUAACUGGUAUGUUGAAGUAGUAUCUGAAAUAGAGUAUCUAGUUUUUAUUCACAGUACAUUCUAUUGUGUGAUGCACUGGGCUAACUUUGGUUUAUUUACCAUUCAUGUAACAGAACCCAGCACAUUAUCUGCACUAAGCUCAAAGAAUGUUUGCCUAGGCAGCUCUUUGAUAAGGGUAAUGGGAAACUGAAUAUGUACCUAUGGACCAGAGGUAACAAGGGCUUUUACUGUUCUUUUCAGUGGAACCUUCUUGGUCAAAUUGUAACUAGCUAGUAUUAUAUUUAUAUACAGGGUCUCUUUUCUUUACCGAUGUAUUUUCCUACUUAUAGCCGACCAAUAAAUUCAGUAUUUGUUUCAAA